AUGUCAGCAAAAAAGGACUAUUAUAAAAUUCUUGAUAUAUCUCGCGAGGCAUCGCAGAGUGAUAUAAAACGAGCUUACCGUAAACUAGCUCUUAAAUAUCAUCCAGAUAAAAACAAAAGCCCAGAUGCGACGAAGAAAUUUCAAGAUAUAGGUGAAGCGUACUCGGUUCUUUCAGACAAGGCAAAACGACGCAGAUAUGAUUUGGGUAGCACAACACCGUUCUCAGGAUUCAGCGACAAUGAAUUCAGCGAUUUUGCCUCGGACUUUGCUACCACCUUUUCUGGAAGUUUCACAAUGGACGACGCUUUUAAUGUAUUUUCAGAUUUUAUGUAUGGUGGGGAUAUGCCUGUGUUUUUCCGGGAAGAAAACACGACAUAUCAUAAAGUUGAUGUGCCUUUAUCUGUGGCACAACAUGGGGGGAAUAUAGAUCUUCCUUUUGAAAAAGCAGAGGGGGAGAACUCUCUUCAUAUUGAUGGUAUUUAUAGUGGAAAAUGGAAACCAUUCAUUGUUGUCGGAGAAAGUGAUACUGUUAUUUUAAAAGUUGUGUUCCCCCCUGAUAUGAGUUUGGAAGAAAGACAUCGACAGCAGAAAAUGUUUCUAGGAAUUCAUGCUAUAUCAUGGGUGGCAAAUACAGUUCAAGAUGUCUUGGAAAGUCAUCCAGUAAUGGGAGCAAUUGGCUUGGGGUUUGGUGCCGCUGCACUGUUUAUGUUAACAGUUAAAAG